AUGUCACAGAUGGCAUCAACAAUGGCAGGAACAUUGUCCAGAGUUCCACCGAAGGAGCAUAGCUCCAAUGAAGGGCAUGUGUCAGGGCAUGCCCCAAACAAUGAACUCAGCAGCAAAGCUGAGAUUGAAGAGGCCCCACAGAAGCCAUUGCAUGAGCAUGGGCUCAGGCUUCUGCAUCUGCUCGUGGGUGAUUGCUGUGCCACAAACAACAAUGGAAGGGGCUUCACAACUGGCUCAAGUAAUGUGAAGGACAGGAUGCAGGAACUGAAGCAUGCAGGCCUUGUUGUGCUUGCUACCAGAGCCAUUGUCAUCAGGGGUGCAGUCCCAAAUGGAGCUGUUGAAGAAAUCCUGCCAGUUCUGCCCCUUAGCCAGGAGUUUGGGAGGGCUGGAGAGGAACUUGUCGACUUCUUUCAAUGUGACCCUUCAAGCAUCAAAUAUGGCAGGCCAGAACUUGUGAGUCAACUUGGUCCACUUGUCAUGCUGCUCUUUCUUGGGACCAGUGGAGGGGCAGACUUACAGGGUGUCAAGCACUUGGACUUUGAAGGCUUUGAACAAGAUGGCCCGGUCAAAGGCUCGGCCUUGGAGUUCAAAAACCUAACCAAUAAUGCCCCUUGCUUGAGGAGAUCCUGGAGACCUGGACCAAGGUCAUUGGCAGAUAUGCUGUGA